UUAACCCGAAUUGCUCCUGUAAUUUGCUCUGGAUAAGAGCGUCUGCUAAAUGACUCUAAUGUAAAAUAUUUAAAUUGGUUGAGUGUAGCUCUUGUGUUGCUGUUUGCAUGGUGUCAGUACAGUGUGGUUAUGUAAGCAGUGGCCUCUGCUCUGUGGGUAGAUGAGUCUGUUUGUGGCGCCAGCCUGCCUGCAUGUCCAAUUGUUGUCUAUAUGAAUGGUCCUGUGUCAACCCGACAAAUAUGGUCAUCUACUUUGCUCCGGAGUGGACUUAUAACACAAUCACCGUAUCACGCCAUCACAUCACUAUAGAAUGAAUCUGUGGGAUCAUAUUCUAAUGAUAAUAAUACAGGAUUGUACUCGUUCUCUCCCCUCCUGUCAGAACAGAAGCUUGUUUGACUUGAUAGCAAUGUGUCCCCUGUGCUUUGAGUUUUCACUGUAUUCACUCUGUUCUUAUUUCUUCUUUUGUUCUUUUUGCCCCUUUUUUAGGUAAGGUUUGUUGGAUUCCCUCUGUAUGUCUGUGUGUGUAUAAGUGUGUGUGUGUGUGUGUGUGUUUCUCCCACUCUCUACAAUUGACCUCAAUGUAACACCCCCCUUUACAACGUAGGCUAAUACUGGCCUCUCUCGGCUUCCUCCUCUUGGCUUUAUAAAACCACUAAACUAUUAUUUCACUUUUCACAAUCUGCUCACAAGUACCUACAGUGCUUUGAUUCCAAGUACGAAAACCCCGACCAAAAUCCAAUUAAAAUCAAGGUAGAUCCUAGUAACCAAAGAUUGCAUCACAUCCUGUAGAAUCACCAGCUCCAAGUCUCUUUAGAUUUGUGUUUUUCCCUUUGAGUGUCUGUGGCUGCCAUGGUUGGGGGUUCUGAUUGGCUGUGACCACGACUCAGUCUUUUGAAUGGCUUGCAGAGUAGCCCUCUUUUCCCCCAUCUGCCUGUAUUUACCUUCAAACCUGUGGAGUGAGUGUGUACUGUAUGUAUGUGUGCAGUAGUCAUGUCGGACUGAGACGUGUGUAUUUGUGUGUGUCAGUCACUGACGGGUGCCCUAGGGAAAACUUACAGGGAAAACCUCACUCCCCACUCCUGCACCCAAAAUGUGUCUGCCCCUCCCUCCCAUGUCCACCAAUGUCACACACACCCAUCAUCCCUCUCCCUUUGGCCUUCCCCCCGCACAGCAUGCCUGUCCCAGAGGUUCAACCCUGCCUGCCUCGACUGUGUCAGUCAUCUGGGGAUUUAAGCAGUGCUCGGUAUAGGCAACCUGCUACACUCAAAGGACCCUUCACAUGGAGUACUUAAAAUUAAAUUUUAAAUAGUCAUUUGACUGUUAUUUUCCUGUUGUUGCACACUUAGUGCUAGACCAAGUCUCCUAAGCACUGCUCAAAGCCCUGUGGCCCCCUUUUUCAGGUACCUUUCUGUUCACCAUCCUGGGGGUAAGCAUGUCCUAAACUGAGCUUGCUGACAGUGGGACAGUGAGGGGAUUUGGGGGAAUCUAGGCUAACCAGGCUGACAAGACAAACAUCUGUCUGUGAGGCUGACAGAGGGGAGAAAUGGUGGCUGUGUGUCGAGUGGUGUUCUGUUGUCAGGGGCAGCUGAUUGGUUGCAUGCUCGUAUCAAAUGAGGCAUGGUCAUUCCUCUUUACUGUAGCAGAUGCGAUAGAUGUUUUAACACACUACAUUUAAAGCAUGAUCUGUAGGACAGCCGGACAGGGAACCUCGCCCUGUUCUCCUGUUCCAAGUGGAUCUGUCCUCAAAUUCAGCUGUUUAAACAAUCAUCCCCUACCCUGCAGAACAGAGUCCAACUCAACUCCCCCAGGGCUCUUAUCUGAUGGGGAUGUUAUUGAAGCCAGCUGCUGGCUCUAGCUCUCAAUCUUUGGGGUAGGGUGAAGGAAAAGUGAGGGGUCUUGUUGGUUACUUACCACAGAUAUAGGCGUACAGGAGAGAGGAACAGGGGUCCAGGCACCCAUGGGAUAUUGGGGUAGUAAGAGCCAGGACUGGGACGGUGGGUGAGAGAGUGUGGUGGUGAGGAGAUCCCUGUAAGCACCCAGAGGGCCAAGAGUGAAGAGAGGAGAGGAGGGCUUUAACCCCCCCCCCCAAACUCCCAUCCCCACCACAUCCGCCCUUUUCUAUGUGCCUCGAAUCUUCCUGCUUAACCAAUUGGUGUUUCUUUUUUACAGCGAUUUGAUCCUGCCCAUGUUGUGCUGAUGGUAAACUUAGUGGACGCACCGACCCUGUGCCCAUCAUCCUCAAAUAUGAUGUCAUGGGGAUGGGCCGUAUGGAGAUGGAGUUGGACGUUGCCGAAGAUGCUACAGAGAAGAGGAAAGUGCUGGAGGUGGAGAAGGAAGUCACAGAGGAAUUACAGCAGAAAUACAAGGACCAGGUGGAAAAGGAGAAGGCCAUCGCUAAAGCCCUGGAAGACCUGAGGGCCAACUUUUACUGUGAGCUGUGUGAGAAACAGUACCAGAAGCACCAAGAGUUUGACAACCACAUCAACUCGUACGACCACGCUCAUAAGCAGAGGCUUAAGGAGCUGAAGCAGAGGGAGUUUGCGAGAAACGUGUCAUCGCGCUCACGGAAGGGUGGGAAGAAGCAGGAGAAGCUGCUACGCAGGCUGCAUGAGCUAGCUGAGCAGAGGAAACAGCAGAACCGUACCCCGGGAAGUGGUCCCAUGUUCAAACCCACCACUGUGGCAGUAGACGGGGAGAAGGGUGAAGAGGGGAGUGCUGUAACCCCCGAGUAUGUUCCCCCUGCAGACACUGCCAUGGAGGGCUUGUCAGGGGAGGAGAAGAGCAGUGGGGGUCAGGCCUCCCCCAAACCAGCCCCCACCGUCAGCUUCUCCCUGGGGAAGAGCAGCUCAUCCCCGGCCGGGGCCUCCAAGGUCAGCGUGUCCUUCUCCUUCGCCAAGAAACCCCCGGUGAAGCUGGAGACGGUCGCAGCAGUGUUCGCUAAACUCCAUCAGGAUGACGAGGAGGAGGGGGGGGGACAGGAGGAGGGAGGGGAGAAGUCCGUGGGACAGGAGGAGACGUCAGGCUGCAGCACCGAGAGCCCCAAGGGAGGAGGAGGGGGGAAUGGAACAGCAGGGCCAGAGGAGGAGGAGGAGGAGCAGCAGGAGGAGCAACUACAUCAAGAACAACCAGAGCAGGAGGAAGAGGAUGAUGGCGCCUCCCUAGCCUCCACUCUCAACAAGCUGAAGAUGAUGAUGAAGAAGGAGGAAGGCUGGGCCGGCCAGGAGCCUGAGUACUACCACUACAUCCCACCAACCCACUGCAGAGUCAAACCACGCUUCCAGUUCCUGGUGUUCAUGAAGGCCACAGACCAGUGUGAGAUCAGGGAGCAAGAAGAAGAUGAAGAGGAGGUGGAAGAAAAGGUGGUAGCAGAGGUUUCUGAGCAGACACAGCCAAAAGCUACUGAGUGCAAAUCAGAAGAGUCAGAGAAGACUCCUGCAGCUCCAGUCACAGAGCCCACUCCUACUCCCACAUCACCUAAACUGAAGACUGAAGAGGCCUCUGCCAGCUUCACAGACCCCCCUCCCACAACGGCCCCCACUGUAGUACCAGACAGCAAGCAGGAGACCCCAGUCCCAGAGCCCAACUCGGGCCCCAAAAUCCCCACCAGCCCCUUCUUCCUGGUCCUGAGCAAAGACGAGAGCACCACUCUGCAGUGGCCCUCGGAGCUGCUGGAUUUUACAGAGGCUCAGCCCGCCCUCUCUUACAGCUGCAACCCCCUGUACUUCGACUUCAAACUGUCCCGCAACAAAGGGGUCCGUGCUGGACGAGCAGCAAAGUCCUCCAAGCCCGCUGGUGAAGGAGCUGAGAAAAAAAACAAUCCUGAGGCAGCUGCUGCAGUCAACGAGGGGAAUGCUGCUGCUGCCACCACCACCCCUGGGCCCAGCACUGACAACACUGAUAAGGAGCAGCCCUCCUUAAAAAUAGAGGGUUCCCAAGGGGAGACUGAGGAGCAAAAGCUACAGAGUAGCACAAGCGGAGCCAAGAAGAAGAAGAAAAAGAAGAAGAAGAAGCAUAAGAAAUCUGGGAAAGGCUCCAAGCGCAAAGAAAAAGAGAAGGGAGCCGUAGUGGACGGGGACGCGGAAACUGCGAUCCUAGGAGAGAAAACCAAAAAGAAGAAAAAACACAAACGAAAGAAGAGCAAAAACAAAGGUGAGGGGGAAGAGGGAGGUGGUGGUGAUAAGGAAAAGCCUAAAGAGGAAAAAGCAGUAGCCGCAACGGUUUCUAGUGCUCCCCCAGCACCAGCAGGAACAGGAUCUGCUACAGGAGCGGAACCUGGGAAGAGGAAACGACCAGCCAAAGAAGCACUUCAGAAGUCCGGGACAGAGGAAGGUGGGGCAGGGAAAGGCUCUGACGAGGCCAAGCCCUCUGAGGAGCACAACGGCACCAAGCGUCUGAAGACAGACCCCAGCGCCCCACCCAGCGCUUCCUGCUCCUCCUCGGCCCAGAAGAGCCCCGGGCCAGGCAGACCACCCAGCAGUGAGAGUGAGGAGGAAGGAGGUGGAGGCUCGGCUUCCCGAUCCAGCCGCCGCAGGUCCACGCCCCGAGAGGGGCGACGGCACCAGAGCGAGGACUCCGGCCGCUCCCGAAGCCACUCGUCGCGUCGGGGAGACGGGCGAGGGAGCAGCCGGCGGCGACACCGCGGCCGGGCCUCCCGUAGCCAGUCAGACUCCAGCAGCUCAGAGCGCUCCUCGAGCGCCUACAGCCGGCGCAGCCGCAGCUACUCAGACAGUUACAGUGACGACAGUGACGGGGGGCGCCACCGGAGACACUCUAAACGCUCCUCUGACUCCGAGUACGAUCGACGGGGAAGCGGCGGGCGGCGGCGCUCCAGAAGACGUCACUACUCGUCCUCAUCCUCAGAGGACUCUCGCUCCCGCUCACGCAGCCACAGCCGCAGGAAGAGGCACCAGCGGCGGCACCGGAGCAGCUCUCGGAGCUCUAGCAGCAGGAGCCGCAGCAGCAGCACCAGGUCGUGGAGACGCAGCUACAGCCGCAGCCACAGCUCAGCCAGCCGCUCCUCCAGCUCCACCAAGGGCUCCCCUCACCGGGGUCGUGGAGGCCGGGGGGGCCACAGGGGCCGGGCAGACAGCGCCACACGGCGCCGAGACUUCAACCGCUCCUGCAUCUACCGUUCCCAGUCCCCCCGCUCUGCCUCAUCACGAGCCCCAAACCGCAACAGCAGCUCCCAGAGCCAAAGGGCAGGGGGGUCCCGGGGAGAAGGAGGGGGAGACCAGAGGAACUCUUCCUCACACUUCACCGCCCGCCAGCUUCUGGAUAAGAUCCAGUCCAGGAAGGGAUCUGAUGUCCCAACCACAGGGACCAAAUCUGGCGCCAAGAUCAAGGACCCACCAUCGGGCUACUUUGGGCCCAAACUGCCUCCAGCUCUGGGCAAUAAGUCCAUGCUGCCCCUGUUCGGUAAGCUGCAGGCAGGGAAGAAAUUCCCUGCGAUCCCCCUGACCCGGCCCGAUGGUGGAGAGAAGUCAUCAGCAGGGAAAGGUUCAGAUGCCGGGGGAGAGGUCAUCCUGAUGGAGCCCAUCCGGGAGUUCCCCCCACCGCCUCCCCCUCMACCAGCUCAUAAGAARGUGGAGGAGACGGUAGUAGUAGUYCAGGARGCCCGCCACCUCACCCUGGACGCACGGGUWCUUCAUGAGCCCCGGCCGCUGUUCSAUCAGGAGCCCUCCAUGCUGAUGCCCCCAUACCAGGGCGAGCCGGGACAGGACCCCUCCCAGAACCCCAUGAUGGAGCCMCUCAUGCCCGACAUGCAGCAGCAGCCACCCCCCAUGCACGCCUACCCCAACUACCCCCCGCCCAGCCUGGAGGAGGAGGACAUGGGCAUGGAGGCAGAGGAGRACRGUCUGGCCCCGCUGGAGAGCCAGCCCAUCACCUUCACCCCAGAGGAGAUGGAGAAGUACGGCAAGCUGCAGCAGGCCGCCCAGCAGCACAUCCAGCAGCAGCUCCUGGCCAAGCACAUCAAGACCUUCCCCUCAGCCGCAGCAGCACAGGCUGCAGCGAACAUGGCUGCAGCAGCUAACCAUCUGCAGCCGGCACCCCCUCCCCCCCAGCAGCAGAUGAUCCAGAUCCACCAGCCUGCYGUGUCUGCAGCCUCGGCUACCUCCAUCACCACAGUACAACACCUCAUSCAGCAGCACCAUGCUGCUCAGGCUGCAGCCAUGGGCAUCCACCCACACGGCCCCCACCCGCACCCCCAGUUAGCCCAAGUCCACCACAUCCCCCAGCACCACCUCACCCCCAUCUCCCUGUCUCACCUGGGACACUCUCUAGGCCACACUCUGGGCCACCAGUUGGGAGUGGGACACGCUGGACUGAUCCCUGCCCACCACACGGCCUUCCUCUCUGGCCAGCCCAUACACAUUAUCCCAGCCUCAGCACUUCAUCACCACAGCCCCUUAGCCCUUCACCACAUACCACACUCAUCCCUCUACCCAACGCUGUUCGCCCCCCGGCACUCUAACGCCGCUGCGGCAGCCGCACUGCAGCUCCACCCCUUCCUGCACCCCAUCUUCUCAGGGCAGGACCUCCAGCACCCCCCUAACCACGGCUCCUGAGAAAGACCUUCACUAGAGCCAUGUGUCCACAUCAGAGGAGGGUGUUUUGGCCAGAGCAGGCCUGGUUAAACAUCUGAGUUAACAUGGAGAGAGGGAGGUGUAGUGGCACCAUUGUGCAGCAGGUGAUGAGAAUAUCAUCAAAAUGGCCACCAUUAGACCACUGGCCAGACAGAGGUGCUGUGAUAUGCUGCCUGUGCAGAGGUAAACAACAGACAUUUACUGUGGGCUCUUUGAAUGGACCCCUCCGAACAGUUGACUGACAUUCACCCUGAGGUUUCUGGACAGGGUGGAGGAGGGUUUGAGGCAACCUCAAAUCUAAGACGGCAGUUUGUUUUGAAUGGGAACCCAGUUUAAAAGAAGAAAAAAAAAGAAGCAGAAACCUCUGGAGUAUUUUUUUUUUGUCCCACAGUUUAUAACUGAUUGUUGCUGUAAAUGUUCUUCUUUGUUUUCUACAGCCAAAGACACGCAGUGGCUGAAGCCAUAAGCAGGAUGGUGUAGUGGGAAUGGAAAGGGGGAGAUGAGAUGGUGACAUGGGGGGGUUUAGGGUGACAUCCAUGACUGGAAACAGCCUUGACUUAGUAAUGUAAUCUGGUGGCUCUAGUCUACUGCCUGAAUUCUGUUGUCAUUAAUAUCUAAUGUUCUCACAUGACUACUUGCUCUCUUCAUGACCCGUAAUAUUCACCAACAAUUUGUAAUACGGUAUAGAGUACAUAGAUCACUGAGCAAUGUGAAGUAUCCCUCUAAUAUGAUAGGGAUGUUCUUUAUUACUGACUAAUGAAAUGUUGCCCAUAAGGAAAUUAAAAUGGUCACUGGUGGGGGAACACCGAUGAGAGGUUGGGUGAAGCUCAUGUUUUAUUAGAGGUACUGUGGGGGGGUCACACCCUCUUAGUGCUGUAGGGUUAAAGGUCAUGUUGUUCCAAGUGGUAGUGGUUGUAUAUCGAAAUGACUUGCACUGAAAUCUGUACAUCAAGAUGCUGCUUUCGCAUCAUGUAACAAAUGUAUGAUUGUAGUAUACUGCAAUAAUUGUAUUUUUUUUGUUUCUAAAUUAUUUUCCAAAAUGCUCCUCAAAAUAUGUUUUUCCUCUUGUGUAAUUUUUGCUCAAUGUAAAUAAAAUUGCUGUAGUUAACCCCAAUAAUAUUCUAGAGGUUUGUUGCUACUGUAAAAAAAUAAUAACUGAAGGAACAAAGAUGGACAAGAAUACUUUAUCAAGACAUUUUCUGAACUAUUAUCCUGUAUGGGAAGGAUUGGGUGACGGGACUGCCCUGUAAGUGGCAGCAAUGGUAUGUCUUUUUUAAAUAUGAUGCGUCAGCAAAUAAAGAGUUUUGAGUUGCUA